GAGAAGUUUUACUCCCCCUUUGUAAAUUUCAGAGAAGUUUUUUGGAAGCUUUUCUGAGAUCAACAAACCAGGUGUCUCCCUCUUACUCAGCUACUGUGGCUACUUCCUUCGUCUUCUUCCAUUGCUUCGUUCUCUCCGAAACGCAUCGUAGUCUGAGAAACUUCAUCAAUUUGAGCGGCGGAGUCAGCGGAAUCAAAUCUGCGUUGUUGAAAGGAGAGUUUUCAUAGAGAAGAAGAAGAAAAUGCUAGGGGAGGGAGCCCAAACCCCUAGUCGAUCCGAGUUGCUAUGUAUGGUGAAGAAGAAUUCAAAGAUGUUAGGGAAAACCAUAGUGGAAGAUGAAACAUCAGAUGUUGAAACGGAUCCCCGUUUCUGGCAUGGCGUUAUGGAUGUGUAUUUCAUUCGUGGAAGGGAGUCUAGGGGACGUCAGGAAGAUGAUCUUGUAUUCUUUGUUAAAAAAUUGCAUUUGCAGAAGCAUGGGUCAAAUGAAGACGAAUCUGCAAACGCUCCAUACUUUGUACGCAGGUGGGCACCUAAGUUGGAUGACUUAAUUGGUGCAAGUGCAUCAGAUGUUGAUUGGAGGCGCUCCUUUUACUUGAACUUAAUUGCUCAAACUUCUUUUAGUGUGACGGUUGCAAUUUGCAGUCAACAGGUCCUUCAGAAUUACCAGACUGGAAAAGACCGGCCACUAUCUCCUAUAUACAAGGUUGUCAAAACUGUCUAUGCAUCUCCAAGUCGUAUCAAUUUUCACUUGGACUCAAGAAAGGAAGUAGAAACAACCUCUGCCUACCCAGAGAUAUGUUUUGCAGUUGAUGACUUCGAUUCCACUUUUGAUGCAGUGGUCUUGACAGAUGUUGAUCACUGCUAUUGUGUACUUUUAAAUGCACAUGAUGGAGCUGCAUUUCCAAGGGAGAGAAUACGACAAGACUGCAGUCCUGCUGAUACAUCAAGUAGUGAUACAAGUUCUGGAAAAGCACCAACGUCAAAGAUUACUCUUUUCUCAGGCUUCGUUAGCUAUCAAAUGGUCCGAGAUGCAUAUGAUGCUGGAAGGUCUGGUUUUGGGAGCCUUCUCUCACUUCAUUCUGUCGGGAAAACUGACAGGAUUUACAUGAAAGGCCCCGGAGGACGUGGGGAAGUUGAAGUAGCUGUGUCUGGUGUUGUAGAUCAAAGCAAGCAGGACUUGAGCCAAAAUUCUGUAGAUCACGACUCUAAAAAGGGAUUAAGCUUCAGUGCAGUUGUGCGACGAGCUGCAUCAGUUGCAUCAGAGGCAGCAAAGCAUGCAUACGCUGCUGCUUCUGCUACCCGAGAUGAAGGAAUGAUCCCCCUAAAGUGCUGCUUGAUGUCUAUAUCAUUACCUUGGGAACAUAUUGCUCAUGAUCUUUUGUUCAAGGGAAGUCCUCCCGUUAAUCUGUAAGAAUUUCGUGGGUUUCAGAAUAGGACUUGUUUUUUACUCCAGAGAUGGAGAAGACUAAGAGCAUCACUGAAAGGUGAGAUGGCUGCUCCAUUAUGAAACAGAGAAAAUGGUGAUAAUAUGUAUACAAGUUUCCACCAAUCCCGAUCCCCGCACAAGAUUUAAUUUUCUUCCCAUGCACAUCAAGUUAGUAUCAGGGGCGGAGGUAGAAGUCCAGAUAUUAGUUUGGAUGAACCCAAUAGCUUUUGCUCAAACUGUGUAUUUGUGUUAAGAAAUUCAUUAAAUAUGUAAACAUUAAAUUUUAGAACUCAGUUAUAUUAGCACUUGAAAUAGUUGUUUUAUAAUUCAGAAAC